GAAGAACGACUGUUCUCGUCGCCGUUCUUGAUCCGGAAGUUGUUGUCGAGAUACCCCGGAAGAGGUAACUCGCGUGAGAGCGGCGAGUUCGGUACCCAGAACUGAAGAACGCGAAGGCGCCAGUGAGGCGGCGGAGAGGUGCGCUUGGCAUCCAGAGCCAUCAAGUGGUGGUGAGAUUAUCAUAAAGAAGUUCUGCUGAUCUAUGAUCUCCAGAUCCCUGGUCAUGGAGUAUUUGACUAAUCCUGGUGCACUUAGCUUGGCUGCCGGAGUUGCCUGUGGCGUGUGCCUGGGCUGGGGCCUCCGAGUGCGCUUUGGAAUGCUCCCCAAGAGCUCGGUGAGGGAGACAGAUGCUGGCGCUGAGACGGAAGCAAGCAUCCUCGGAGAGAGUGGGGAGUACAAAAUGAUUCUUGUGGUUCGAAAUGACUUAAAGAUGGGAAAAGGAAAGGUGGCUGCCCAGUGCUCUCAUGCUGCUGUUUCUGCCUACAAGCAAAUUCAAAGGAGAAACCCUGAGUUACUCAAAGAAUGGGAAUACUGUGGCCAGCCCAAAGUGGUAGUCAAAGCUCCUGAUGAAGAAACUCUGGUUGAAUUACUGACCCAUGCAAAAGUGCUGGGACUGACUGUAAGUUUAAUCCAAGAUGCAGGACGUACUCAGAUUGCACCAGGCUCUCGAACUGUUUUAGGAAUUGGACCAGGACCAGCGGACCUAAUUGACAAGGUCACCGGUCACCUAAAACUUUACUAGGUGUAAUUUUGUAUCAUGAUGGUGGUCCCACCACCACAAGUGUUUGAAACUGUCAAAUUCUAACAAUAAAAGCUGAAUAUCUUCCCCCA